GAACAACACGACGAGCGGAUCAGGCACCCUGUCGAGAGCUCACGAGCCGUUUUCGCGAUGCGUUCCUGCAGCCUGAAGCUUCGAGAGCUUCGCGUCAUCCAUCCUUUAAAUUUUGCUAUGCCUUUGUGAACAGCCGCACAACAUACGGGUUGGUCAGCUUCGAGCACUAUUGUCGUUCUUGUGCUUUAUAAACACCACUGCUCUUUCCUUUGCCUAUCUUAUUCCCUUCUCGAAGUACGUCCCGCGUACAUACCACCAUCCACAAGUCACAACGUCAUCAUGGCACAGAACCAAGCCGCGUGGAUUGACAAAGAGCCCAGAAAGCCUUUGCGAGUAGGAUCGGCUGACGUUCCUACGCCUGCUGAUGACGAGAUCGUUGUCAAGAACCAUGCCCUCGCCAUAAAUCCCGUGGACUGGAAAAUCCAGGACUACGGCCUCUUUGUCCAGCAAUGGCCCAACAUUCUCGGCACAGAUGUAGCUGGUGAAGUGCACGCGGUGGGCAAGAACGUUACACGCUUCAAGAAAGGCGAUCGCGUGGUAGCUCACGCCGUGGGCCUCGCAAACGGAAAAGCCACACAUGGUGCCUUCCAACUCUACACCGCGAUCCAAUCGGCAUACGCCGCAAUCAUCCCGAGCAACAUCUCUUACACGAAUGCUGCUGUCCUCCCUCUCGCCAUCGACACUGCCGGCCACGGCCUUUACGACCAGCGCAGCAAGGGCUUCCUUGGUUUGCCUGAACCGACACUACACGGAUCGCCUUGCAAUAAGACAAUUGUCGUUUGGGGUGCUUCAUCAUCUGUCGGAGCCCUCGCAGUCCAGCUCGCCACAGCUUCCGGCGCAAAGGUCAUUGGUGUGGCAUCAAAGCACAACCACGACUUUGUCAAGAGCCUCGGAGCAGUUGCAGUGCUCGACUACAAGGAGCCUACAAUAGUCGACGAUGUCGUGAAAGCCAUUUCUACUGCUGGAGGAGAGUUCGCGGGUGUUUACGAUGCUAUUGCCCUCCCGGACUCACGAAAAUCCGUCUUCCCGAUUGUCGAGCAGUUCGGUGGUAACAAUGUUGCGGGCACCCUGCCUCCACCAGAGUCUGGUCUUCCCGAGAAGAUCAAGUAUGGAGCCAUCUUUGCUGUGAAUGAGGUCAACGCUCCGAUUUGGGAGAAGUUCGUCACCCCGGCUCUGGAGUCGGGACAGCUCAAGGCUGUGCCAGAGGCAGUCGUCGUCGGAAAGGGACUUGAAAGUGUGCAGAAGGGGCUUGAGGCCAACAAGGCUGGUGUUAGCGCGAAGAAGAUCGUCGUGGAGUUGUAGUCUAAAGAGGGUAUGAAGAUGUGAUAGAGUACAUCGGUGGAAAUUCAUGGCACAUGGAGCAUCUCAUGAGAUACACAUACGACCGGCGUAUACAUCUGUAGCAUCAUGUUGCAUACCAUACGGCACCUAACGCACAGCUUGGCAUAUUUGAUGACAAGCUUGACACUUUAUGGAAGGAAGUCUUAUCCAAUAAGCAAAAUGAGCGACGCUACUGUCAGGUAAUCUCAACCACACCAAC